AUGGGCUGUAAUCUUCUCUUAUAAAUCUGUAUAAAUACCCCAAUUAAACCAGCUCAUAUCUGAUAUACACAUCAAAGUUUGGUUUGGCAAGUUAAAAAUGACGUUUAAAGGAUUGAUGAGGUUGUCAUUAGUAUUUAGAAGGCAGCUGCAUGUAAUCUCAAGAUCUUCCUGCAGCAUUAAACCAGCUUCUCCAACUCCCUCGAACCUCAAACGAUACAAUAUUCCUUUACAUGAUCGCAUGGUUCCAAAUUUUUAUAUUCCACUGAUUUUUUUCUAUCCCAAAAACAACUCUGAUCCCAUUCGUGAACGGGUCCCUGAUAAUGCAUCAGAUCUACUGAAGAAGUCUUUGUCGGAGACACUGUCCAAGUACUAUCCAUUUGCAGGAAGGAUAUGCUCUGGAUCGUACGUCGAUUGUAACGAUGAAGGCGUUCAAUUUAUCGAGGCUCAAAUCGGAUGCAAUAUGUCGGAGGUUCAGGAUAGAGCUGCAGUCAAGGAAGAAGACGGAUUAGGCCAUCUGUUUCCACCUUGCACAAUUCGGAAUCAGUUUUCUGAGAAGCAUUCGGGUAAUAUAAUGUAUGUGCAACUCAACCGUUUCGAUUGUGGAGGGAUGGCUGUAGCAGUUAGCAUUUCUCACCUUCUUGGGGAUGCUCUUACUACCUGCACACUUUUAAGGUAUUGGGCCACUCUGUCACUCCAUUCUGGUGAUCACCGAAAACUGUUACAUCUCUGUCCCGUUCUGGUGAAUGCUCUGCUGCCUCUAUCCUAUGAUAUUAAUGCCAUCGAAACCAUCAUAUUUCCAGAUAAGAAUUGGACGACGAAGGAAUUAGUGUUUCCCAACACAAAGCUAGCAGAACUGAAGAUUGUGGUGAAUAACGAGGAUAAGCUGGAUGGAGUAGUGGAAGAUCAAAAAUACACCCGCAACGAGCUUCUGACUGCACUCCUUUACAGAUGUCUUGUAAGCGUGGCAGAUAGGACUAAUGCUGGAGUGCAUAAUGGAUCCGUUUUAAUGCGGGCUGUCAAUGUGAGGCAUAUGAUUGAUCCGCCACUGCAAGAAACAACUGUGGGGAAUUUCCAGAUUCUAAACCACAUUGUAGCGACCACAGAGGCGGACAAAAAGUACAGAACGUUGGUAGCACGAAUGAGGAAAGAGAGGGAACAGCUAAAAGGAAUCAAGAGUAUGGAAGGACACGAAAUGGAGACUGAGUUUCUUGAGUUCACAAAACACAAGUACAGGUUCUACGUUAUUACAAGCAUGUGUAAUUUCCCGCUAUAUGAUAUCAUGGAUUUCGGGUGGGGAAAGCCGGUUAAAGCUGUGCUUGUGGACACUCCGAUGGUUGAUGUCAUCACUCUGAUGGAUACCGCGAAUGAUGGUAUUAGAGCUGUUGUUGGCUUAGAAGAGCAAGAAAUGAAGGAAUUUCUAGCACACGGAGAACUGCUUACUUAUGCCACUCUUUAAGCACAGAGCGGUUAGUAUUUUUAACUUUCUGUAAAAGUGUUGUGUUUGUUUUCUUGACUUCAACCCAUCAUCUUUUAUCAAAAGAAACCAAUUUAGCAACGAAUUUGUUCCGUUAGCAUGAACUUCCCGAUCAACUAUAUGCCAACCAAUUAUUUUCAUUAUCAUUCCCUUGGCGGUGAUUUACCAACGAAAAUCCUUAUCAUGUUAACAGAAUUUCUGUCAUUAAAAUGAGUUUUCUUGUAGUGCUAUAAGCAAAGAGCCGUUAGUAUUUUUAACUUUGUACAAAGAUGAAUCGGUGUUUUCUUGACUUCAACCCAUCACCUUUUAUUGUAGAGAAAAGUUUGUUUGCUUAUGCUUCUUAUAAUUCCCAUCCGUGUUCAAUUUUAGUCGAUGGCUUUUUUCCCUUUAAUUAGAACUAGCUUUUUAACCCGUGCAAAACACGGGUUGCUUUCAAUUAUUUUUCAAUAUAUCUCAUAUCUCUUUGUUCAUCAUUUUUAAAUUGAGAUUAUUUGUGUUAUAAACGUAAUUUAAAUGUAAUUUUUUUGUAUAUCAAGUCAUAUCAUGUGUUUGUUUGGCUGCCCCAGCUUCCGCCUUCUUUUUCUAAGAAAGUCGGCUUAUAAUUUUGUAAAAAGUCAGAAACACCUGUAAGAAGCCAAAAUUUCUAACUUUUAUUUUCAGAACUUCUACUUUUCCUUAAAAAAUUUUAAUCACUUUUAAGUCUAGACUUACCUCUUACUAAUGCUGCACAUUUUUUUUGACGGAAUAUAGUGCACAUUUUUAUUUGAAGAAAGAAGUCACUUUUUUAAAGUUUACCCAAACGACCCUUCUGUUGAUGUAUAUAUGUACUCAUAUCCUCACUAUUAUGAAAUUUAUUAAAAUAUAAAACAAAAACUAUACAAUAUUUAAAAUUUGAUUAUAUAUUAAAUUACCAUUCACCUGAAAUUAUUGAAAAAUUGAUACAAAAAAUAAGAUUCUUGCUGAAUUAGAGUGUUUGUCAUAUAGUUAUAUAUUAUAUUUCUAAUUAUUUCAAUAUUUAAAAUUUGAAAUGAAGAACUUGUCUAAACACCAUCAUUCUAAUAUUAGUGCAAUUUUUGCCCAUCAUCGAGUUUUUGGGUUAGUCAAAAAAUGGGAGCACCAUUCAUUAUUUUUUGCUAAAUAUAAAAGGGAACAUUUUGGAAUUGCCAGAGGGCGUGGUUUCAAUUCUCAGCAGGAAGAAAUUAAUAAUGAUAGUUAUCGAUCAAUGCAGAAUAUUAUGCAUUCUAAUCUUGUUUAUUAUUGUCGGUGGUGCAGCAGGAAGAAAUUAAUAAUGAUAGUUAUCGACCAAUGCAGAAUAUUAUGCAUUCUAAUCUUGUUUAUUAUUGUCGGUGGUGUUUCUUGUUGGCGGUUGCUCGUCUGAUGAAUUGUAUACGCUGUUUUUUGGUAUAUUUUUUAAGGCUUCGUUAAAGUAUAAUUACAAAACAUUAUUUAAAAUUUUCCUUAACUGAAUAAAAAUUUGAGGUUUAAAUUUUUAUUCAAAAAAAAAAAUUUUAAAAAGUAUUUUACAACAAAAUUUUAUUAAAAUCUCAAAAUACGUGCACAGUUAAGGUAUAUAUUUGAUUGGGACAGAGAUUAGACUACAAAAGAAACAAAUUUUUUAAGGCAGGUGAUUUUGAUCUC